AUGGCGCGCACCUACUGGCCACACACCGACUCCUGCUACCAGCAGAUGACGCGCGGUCCGUGCCCACACGGGCUCGUGUUCUUCUACAACAACACGCGCCGCCUGGCCGAGUGCGGCUGCCACGCCGGCCUGCGCGAGAACUACGACCGCCGCUCGGGCCAGUGCUACCCGCAGGGCGAGCGCGGCCCCUGCCCGCCCGGCAACGUGUUCGCCUUCAACAACGUCACGGGCAGCACCGAGUGCCGCUGCCCGGCGGACAGCCUCGUGCUGCCCGACACGGGCGCGUGCCACCGGGCCUUCGCGCAGGGCCCGUGCAAGCGGAACCGGUUCGUGGCGCCGCGGCCGGAGGCGCCGCACCAGGGCGUCUGUGUGACCAACCCGUGCCGCCGCGGCGAGCUGUACUUUCCAGCCGACCAGUACUGUCACCGGAUCGGACGGCGCGGCCCCUGCCCGGCCGGCCAGCUGGUGCAGUACGAGGAGUUCCGCGGCAUCAGCUACCGCGGCGCGUGCGGCUGCACCAAGCACUUCACGCAGAACUUCUGGCCGGCGGACGGCCGCUGCUACGAGCAGCAGACGCGCGGCCCGUGCCUGGCGCGCGAGCUCUUCGCGUACAACGCCACCAGCGGCCGGACCGAGUGCGCGUGCUCACCGGAGCUCGGCCGGACAGCGGCCGGACAGUGCGCCGAGCCGUUCUCGCGCGCCGGCUGUCCGAGCGAGACAUUCAAGGGUCUGGAGCUGCUGCGUGUGGUGCGGUGA